AUGGCUUGCACAAAUGACUUACCUUUUCAUAGUUUGAAUAAUUCUGAUUUACAUAUUUUAAUAAAUGAUGAAAGUUUUCCUAAUUUUUCAAUUCAUGACAUUAACAAUCAAACUUUUCAUCCAUUACUAACAAACUCUCUGACUUAUGGUGAUACCUUUAAAAGAUACAGAAAUACUUUAACUCGAGUUAUUAAAUGUGCUAAAGCCAAUUAUUUUAAAUCCAAGCUGCAAGAAUAUGCAGGGAAUAUUAGGAAAACCUGGGACUUUGUAAAUGAAAUACUUAAUCGUAGCAGAAGAACUAACAAUCAAACUGCAUUUAUUUUUAAUAAUAAUGUAACAUCUGACCCCAGAGACAUUGCAGAUGGCUUCAAUGAAUAUUUCAGCACAAUUGCAUCCAAUUUGAGUCACAAACCAUCCCAACACCACAAUGACUUUACUAAAUAUCUCCCUAGUCCCUCCAAAUUCUCUCUAAGAUUAUCUCCGGUCUCUCACACUGAACUUAGUGUUAUAAUUAAGAGUUUAAAGCAUUCUGCGCCCGGGCAUGAUGAUAUAUCCUCAGAAAUCAUAAAAGAGUGUGCAUCAGAAAUAAUUCCUCAUCUGAAAGACCUCAUAAAUAAAUCAUUUAAAACAGGAAUCUUCCCCAGUCACCUGCAAAUUGCCAAAGUUGUUCCCAUCUACAAAAAAGGGGAUAAGACAUUGCCAGGAAACUAUAGACCCAUAUCCAUAUUGUCAUCAUUCAGCAAAAUAUUUGAAAAAGUGGUGUGCUUUACAAUGUAUGAAUCUAUAGACAGAAAAAGCAUAUCAAGUUACAAUAUUUUGCGACCUAUCAAAAGCCUUUGA